AUGGGGCGAAACAAGAAAAAUAAGUCAUCAGCACUACAUGCGGCUGAAAAGGAAGAGGUAGAAGAAGAAGAAGAAGUGCUCUCCGACGCAGAAGUAUCGCAGGAGGCUCCAGCUAAUGACCCCGCUAGCAAUCACUCUGACAGCGAGUCCAGUGUGGAGGAGAAGAAAAAGAAAAAAGUGUAUCACGGGAAUAAGCUCAAGCGAAAUGCCGGUGGAAAAGGAAAGGAGACACAAGAACACCCUUCAGCAUCUCCACAGGAGCGAAAAGAAGAAGGGGGAAAAAGCAGUGGUGUGGAGUUGGGCGCGGGUACUGAAUCAGUAGAUGAGGAUGCCGCACUGCAGGAGGAGAAGGAUGAAGAGGCCGCUUUGCAGCACGGACCUGUGGAUGUUCUUUACUGCCCCAUCUGUACUUUUCCUGCGGAAAUGUGUGAGUUCAGUGGGAUGUAUGAACAGUGCCGACCGUGGCUUCUUGAGCACGCGAAAGAACUCGCAGAGGCGGAGGAGAGAGGUCGCAAACGUCGUGCCUUGACAGAGAAGGAACGGCUGGAGCGACUUGUUCAAGGACGUGGAACAAAGAAAGCAAUUGAGCGUAUUGUUCUUAUUGAAGUGUCUCAGCGUAAAGGACGUAAAAUGACCACCUCAGUGAAGGGCAUGGAUCUAUUUGGGUUUAAUUUGAAGGACCUCUCGCGGGAGUGGAAAAAGUCCUUUUCCUGCGGUGCUGGUGUGACAACAUCAGAGGAGUCGAAGCAGAACUCCGUUGAUAUUCAGGGUAACGUGGCUGCUCAACUCAUUGAGUUACUUCCAGAGCGCUAUAAUAUUCCAAAGGACGCUAUCUACCAGAUGGAAGAUAAAAAGAAGAAAAAGUGCUAUGAUGCUGCAUAG